AUGUCAAAUCACAAGAGCACAGAGUCUGCUAUAAAGAACCUGGAAAUUCAAGUAGGACAACUGGCUAAGCAGAUAGUCGAUAAUUCUUCUGGAAGCUUUGGGGCUAAUACUGAGAACAAUCCCAAAGAAGAAUGCGAAGCUGUCAUGACACGAGGCAAGAAGGCAAUCAUGGUGGAAGAUGAAAGGGGGAAUAACGAUGAACAAGAGCUAGAUCUGCUGACCAAAAAGAGUAAAUAUAUCCAUAGUGAUAAUACCGUGGUUGAAGGAAAAUACAGUGCUGUUAUACAAAGAAUCCUUCCACCUAAACAUAAGGAUCCAGGGAGUGUCACAAUCCCUUGCUUUAUCGGUCCAGUGUCAGCUGGUAAAGCCCUCAUUGACUUAGGGACCAACAUAAAUUUGAUGCCUCUCUCCAUGUGCAGGAGGAUUGAAGAGCUGGAAAUUAUGCCAACAAGAAUGACACUACAGCUGGCAGAUCGUUCCAUUACAAGGCCUUAUGGCGUGAUAGAAGAUGUUCUAGUCAGGGUGCAGCAGUUUACCUUCCCUGCGAACUUUGUUGUCAUCGAUAUUGAAGAGGAUGCUGAAAUCCCACUGAUUCUAGGUCGUCCCUUCAUGCUAACCGCCAAUUGUGUAGUGGAUAUGGGGAAGGCUAACCUGGAAAUGGGUAUAGAUGAUCAGAAGAUCACAUUCAAAUUAUUUGAUGCAGCAAAGCACUCACUUGAUCGGGAUAUCUGUUCCAAGAUGAAUGAAGUUGAGAAUGAGAUGGUUCUGAUGGCUAGAGCCAAGCUUGCUCCAGACCCUUAA